AUGGAGCGGUGCAGCCGCUGCCAUCGCCUCCUCCUGCUGGUACCGCUGUUGCUGGGCCUGAGCGCGGCCCCCGCCUGGGCAGGUGCAGCCCCUGUGGACGUGCUGUGGGCCCUGAGGUUCCCCUCCCUCCCUGACGGUGUCCGGAGGGCGAGAGGCAUUUGUCCAGCUGAUGUGGCUUACCGAGUGUCCCGACCCGCCCAGCUCAGUGCACCCACCCGCCAGCUCUUCCCAGGAGGCUUUCCCAAAGACUUCUCUCUACUGACUGCUGUCCGGACCCGCCCUGGCCUCCAGGCUCCCCUCCUGACUGUCUAUAGUGCCCAGGGUGUCCGACAACUGGGCCUGGAGCUCGGCCAACCUGUCCGCUUCCUGUACGAGGACCAGACUGGACGGCCUCAACCUCCUGCUCAGCCCGUCUUCCGAGGCCUCAGCCUAGCAGAUGGCAAAUGGCACCGUGUGGCUGUGGCUGUGAAGGGCCAGUCGGUCACCCUCAUAAUUGAUUGCAAGAAGCGAGUCACCCGGCCCCUCCCCCGAAGUGCUCAUCCAGUAUUGGACACCCGAGGCGUGAUCAUCUUUGGUGCUCAGAUCCUGGAUGAAGAAGUCUUUGAGGGUGAUGUUCAGGAGCUUGCCAUCGUUCCGGGGGUGCAAGCUGCCUAUGAAUCCUGUGAACAGAAGGAGCUGGAGUGUGAGGGGGGUUGGAGGGAGAGACCUCAGAGACAACAGUCUCACAGAGCCCAGAGAUCUCCGAAGCAGCAACCACCAAGACUUCAUAGGUCACAAAACGAGGAACCCCAGCGACAGGACCCCACCCCAGGUGAAGAGGAAGGAAACCUGGAGUCACGCCCCUUGCCACCCACUGAGGAGGCUGCCCGUGGUCCCCGGGGGCUGAAAGGAGAGAAGGGGGAGCCUGCGGUGCUGGAACCUGGUAUGCUAGUGGAGGGGCCCCCUGGUCCAGAAGGCCCUGCGGGAUUUCCUGGUCCCCCUGGCAUCCAAGGCAAUCCAGGUCCAGUUGGAGACCCGGGCGAGAGGGGCCCCCCUGGCCGAGCAGGGCUCCCUGGAUCAGAUGGGGCCCCUGGCCCUCCCGGCACAUCCCUCAUGCUCCCAUUCCGGUUUGGCAGUGGUGGGGGUGACAAGGGCCCCGUGGUGGCGGCACAGGAGGCCCAGGCCCAGGCAAUUCUGCAGCAGGCACGGCUGGCGCUCCGAGGACCCCCUGGUCCCAUGGGAUACACGGGCCGCCCUGGACCCUUGGGACAACCUGGGAGUCCUGGACUGAAAGGAGAAUCUGGAGACCUAGGACCUCAGGGCCCCAGAGGACCUCAGGGCCUCAUGGGCCCCCCUGGCAAGGCUGGGCGAAGGGGCCGAGCGGGUGCUGAUGGAGCCCGAGGGAUGCCUGGGGAACCUGGAGUGAAGGGUGACCGAGGAUUUGAUGGCCUCCCAGGGCUACCUGGGGAGAAAGGACACAGGGGUGAUACUGGUGCCCAGGGCCUUCCUGGGCCCCCCGGCGAGGAUGGAGAUCGGGGAGACGAUGGGGAGACUGGGCCUCGGGGGCUGCCUGGAGAGUCGGGAACUCGAGGUCUCCUUGGCCCCAAAGGUCCACCUGGGGUUCCUGGGCCCCCGGGAGUCCGAGGCAUGGAUGGCCCCCAUGGUCCCAAAGGAAGCUUGGGACCCCAGGGAGAGCCAGGACCUCCUGGACAACAGGGCACUCCUGGGACCCAGGGUCUCCCUGGGCCCCAGGGUGCCAUCGGCCCUCAUGGAGAGAAGGGUCCUCGAGGGAAACCAGGGCUUCCUGGCAUGCCUGGCUCAGAUGGAUCCCCGGGUCACCCGGGCAAAGAAGGUCCCCCUGGAACCAAAGGAAACCAGGGUCCAUCUGGACCUCAGGGUCCUCUGGGAUACCCAGGACCUCGAGGCGUCAAGGGUGUGGAUGGAAUUCGGGGUCUGAAGGGUCACAAGGGUGAAAAGGGCGAGGAUGGCUUUCCUGGGUUCAAAGGUGACAUGGGUGUGAAAGGUGACAGGGGCGAGAUUGGAGUCCCUGGUUCCAGGGGAGAGGAUGGUCCCGAGGGGCCGAAGGGACGCACUGGACCCACUGGAGACCCUGGCCCCCCUGGGCUCAUGGGCGAGAAGGGCAAGCUGGGUGUUCCUGGUCUGCCUGGCUACCCCGGACGCCAGGGUCCCAAGGGGUCUCUGGGAUUUCCUGGUUUUCCUGGAGCCAGUGGAGAGAAGGGGGCCCGUGGCGUGUCGGGCAAAUCAGGGCCUCGGGGAGAACGUGGCCCCACGGGUCCACGGGGUCAGAGGGGACCCCGAGGUGCCACCGGGAAGUCUGGAGCUAAGGGAACAUCGGGUGGUGAUGGCCCCCACGGGCCCCCCGGAGAGAGGGGUCUCCCUGGACCUCAGGGCCCCAACGGAUUUCCUGGCCCCAAAGGACCUCCAGGCCCCCCUGGGAAGGAUGGGCUGCCAGGACACCCAGGCCAGAGAGGAGAAGUGGGUUUCCAAGGGAAGACCGGCCCCCCUGGCCCCCCAGGAGUGGUGGGACCCCAGGGAGCCGCAGGAGAAACCGGGCCCAUGGGGGAGCGAGGUCACCCAGGCCCCCCGGGACCCCCUGGAGAGCAGGGACUCACUGGAACAGCUGGAAAAGAAGGGACAAAGGGUGACCCUGGGCCCCCUGGGGCCCCAGGGAAGGAUGGUCCCGCUGGUCUGAGGGGCUUCCCGGGAGAAAGAGGCCUCCCUGGCACUGCUGGCGGACUUGGUUUGAAGGGAAAUGAAGGUCCGGCUGGUCCCCCUGGCCCUGCAGGCUCCCCUGGGGAGCGAGGUGCAGCAGGAUCUGGGGGACCCAUUGGCCCCCCAGGGCGCCCAGGGCCGCAAGGUCCCCCUGGAGCAGCAGGAGAGAAAGGUGUUCCGGGUGAGAAGGGCCCCAUCGGUCCGACUGGCCGCGAUGGGGUGCAGGGUCCCGUGGGGCUUCCUGGCCCUGCUGGCCCCCCGGGCAUGGCAGGAGAGGAUGGAGACAAGGGUGAGGUGGGAGACCCCGGACAGAAGGGCACUAAAGGGAACAAGGGGGAACAUGGCCCUCCUGGACCCCCUGGACCCAUUGGUCCCGUGGGGCAGCCUGGAGCUGCGGGGGCAGAUGGGGAGCCUGGAGCUCGGGGUCCCCAGGGACACUUUGGAGCCAAAGGUGAUGAGGGAACAAGAGGGUUCAAUGGGCCCCCAGGACCCAUUGGUCUACAGGGUUUGCCAGGCCCCUCGGGGGAGAAGGGAGAAACAGGAGACGUGGGCCCUAUGGGACCCCCCGGGCCCCCAGGACCUCGAGGCCCAGCUGGACCCAAUGGAGCUGAUGGUCCACAAGGUCCCCCUGGAGGUGUUGGGAACCUGGGUCCCCCUGGAGAGAAGGGGGAGCCAGGAGAGCCAGGAUCUCCGGGAGUCCAGGGCGAGCCAGGGGUCAAGGGUCCACGCGGGGAACGUGGGGAGAAAGGAGAGUCGGGGCAGCCAGGAGAGGCGGGACCACCAGGGCCUAAGGGCCCCACCGGUGAUGAUGGCCCCAAAGGGAACCCUGGUCCUGUUGGCUUUCCUGGUGACCCUGGCCCUCCUGGAGAAAGUGGCCCUCGGGGCCAGGAUGGUGCUAAGGGUGACCGCGGAGAAGAUGGAGAGCCAGGACAGCCUGGAUCCCCUGGUCCCACUGGGGAGAAUGGACCUCCUGGACCACUUGGAAAGCGGGGACCUGCUGGUGCGCCUGGUCCUGAGGGGCGACAAGGAGAGAAGGGAGCCAAGGGGGAUCCUGGUGCUGUGGGCGCCCCGGGAAAGACAGGCCCUGUGGGUCCUGCAGGCCCAGCAGGAAAACCUGGCCCUGAUGGUCUGCGGGGGCUCCUGGGCGCAGUGGGUCAGCAAGGCCGUCCCGGGGCCACAGGCCAGGCUGGGCCUCCAGGCCCUGUGGGACCCCCAGGGCUUCCUGGCCUCCGGGGCGAUGCUGGGGCCAAGGGAGAGAAGGGUCACCCAGGUCUCAUUGGACUGAUUGGCCCCCCGGGGGAGCAGGGAGAGAAGGGUGAUCGAGGGCUUCCUGGUCCUCAGGGAUCCACAGGGCCAAAGGGGGAGACGGGCAUCCCAGGAGCAUCUGGCCCUAUUGGUCCUGGAGGGCCCCCCGGCUUCCCUGGACCUGCUGGCCCCAAAGGAGCCAAAGGAGCCACAGGCCCAGCCGGACCUAAGGGAGAGAAGGGCAUCCAGGGCCCUCCGGGACACCCGGGCCCCCCCGGCGAGGUGAUCCAGCCCCUGCCCAUCCAGAUGCCCAAGAAGACUCGGCGCUCAGUGGAUGGGAGCCAGCUGAUGCAGGAAGAUGAGGCCGUGCCAACUGGGGGGGCCCCGGGCAGUCCUGGGGGGCUGGAGGAGAUCUUUGGCUCCCUGGACUCCCUGCGGGAGGAGAUUGAGCAGAUGAGGCGGCCGACGGGGACCCAGGACAGCCCCGCUCGCACUUGCCAGGACCUGAAGCUCUGCCACCCAGAGCUGCCCGACGGAGAGUACUGGGUCGACCCCAACCAGGGCUGUGCUCGGGAUGCCUUCCGGGUUUUCUGCAACUUUACGGCCGGAGGGGAAACCUGUGUGACGCCCAGGGAUGAUGUCACGCGGUUCUCUUACGUGGACUCUGAAGGCUCCCCAGUCGGCGUGGUCCAGCUCACCUUCCUGCGGUUGCUCAGCGUCUCAGCCCACCAGAACAUCUCGUACCCCUGCUCUGGGGAGAUCCGGGAUGGCCCCCUGAAGCUCCGAGGGGCCAAUGAGGAUGAGCUGAGCCCGGAGACCAGCCCCUACGUCAAGGAAUUCAGAGAUGGCUGUCAGACCCAGCAAGGCCGGAUGGUGCUGGAGGUUCGAACACCUGUACUGGAGCAGCUGCCAGUGCUGGACGCCUCCUUCUCAGACCUGGGGGCCCCCCCGAGGCGGGGAGGGGUGCUGCUGGGGCCUGUCUGCUUCAUGGGCUAAGACCUUCUCCUCUGUCUGACCCUGUCCGUCGACACCAGGCCCACCUGGAAUCCCACAGCAUCGGCUCUGUGCCACCUCGCAGAAGGGCUCCUCGCCAUCUAGGGGGCCUUGGGCCAGGGCACCGAGAGCCCCCAGUCAGGGGCAGUGCAGGGGAGGGGUGCACCUGGGGCUCGCGGCCCUCCCACUUGGAGCCUGUGCCCUGUUCGACAGCUGAGACCCUUAUUUAAAAUUUACCUCCCAAUCACCCCAAACACGUGGAAGAGAAAGGACACUGUGUAUUUUGUAUUUAAAAGUAAUUAUAUUAAUUAUUUAAAGAGUGGAAAACAAAAUGACAAAAAAGAUAAAGAGAGAAAUGCCAACAAAAAUCAGCGGACUUUGGAGACAGGGCUCUCCAGGGGUGAGCCUGGCACCCUCAUCUUUGCCUCAGGGCUCUCCUCAGAGACUGUGGGGGUUGGGGGCCGAACCCCGCCUCCCUCACACCCCACCUGCAGCACCCACUGUGAACGUUGUAAUACACGGUCUCCUUUGUCUCAGGGCUCUGCCUCUCUCUGCCCAGUGUGGGGCUUGCUCAUCUCUACCUACCGGGUGUUUGGCUCUGUGGUCCGCAUGCCUGCUGUCUUUCACUUGGUCUGGGGCUCGCAGGAAUGCCUGCUACUUGGGGACCAGGCCAGUCCCUCAGGGGAGAAAUGGAAUAGUGAGGGGUGUGUGCAUGGCCUGCGGUCAGCAGACUGUUGAACUAUUGAAAUUCUUCCACGUUAGCUGGGAAA